AUGGCGUGGCACUGGCAUGGCAAUAGCGAGCGGACGUGGCCAGAUCAGGCAUGGCAGGGUGAUCAAGAGGAAGGGCGCGGACAGUGGCAGCAAGAAGCAAAUCAGCAGCAAAGCAGCGGCGUUGAUGAGCAGCAGCAUGAUCCUUGGGAGAGCCCAGGAGACCGCGAAUGGAGCAGCCAGAGGACUGGCUGGUGGGGAUGGGGUUCAUGGUCGUGGCACGAUAGAUCAUGGAACCCAUGGGACAACUAUGAUUAUCAGAAUCGAUGGUGGGCAUACCAGGAUUCGAAUGGUAGUCAAACAGCUGAGAUCAGGCAACCUUCCAUGCAAGUCUCCGAGGAGACACCAUGGGAUGGGCAGAGAAGGGAGUCUGCUAGUUCAGUGUCCCGAGGCGACAAGGUCUCUGAGGACUUGAACCCAGGUGAUGACGAUGCUGAGGAGGUGCUGCAGAGUUCACAGACCAGUGCAUCCGUGACUUCAAGGCCUCGAGAACCCAAAACGGGUAAGGACAUCAUCCCUGCAUACGAUGGCAGCACUCCCGUCCGAGAUUUUCGGCGGAGGGUGCAGCUGUUCGAAGCGUCUACGGGCAUCGACAAGGAGUUCCGUGCAGGUCGCUUAGUGGAACAGAUGAGCGGCCUUGCAUGGAAAUGCACCGAGACGCUGGACCUCUCGAAGCUUCGUGCAGAAGGUGGAGUUGAAUACCUUCUAAGCCAUCUGCAACAGGAGUUGGAGCCUGUCGAAUACAUUCGUGUGUUUGAGACGCUCCACUACUUCUUCAAGACCUUUCGCCGUCAGAAAGGCGAAAGCUUUGUGAAUUUCGACAUGAGCUUUCGCUCGCAGAUGCAGAAGCUUGAUGAGGUGGGCGCAGGUUUGUCUGGGAUAGUGAAGUCAUGGUGGUUUCUGGAAACGGCUGGGCUUGGACAGGAGCUUCGAAAACAAGUGGUGACAGCCUCUGGAGGAAGUUACCAAUAUGAACGCCUCCGAGAGGCGCUGAUGGCAAUCGUCCCCAGUGUGCAGAGGGAAGAUGAUGUCAAAGUUUCCCCAAGUGCUCCAGCUAACAACACCACCUCCAAGGCCAAGUUCUACAUGCAGAAGAAUGUGAGAAUCAACAAGGUUAACAUGGUUGAUGACGAUGACGAGACGUUGGACCCCAAGGAGACCGAGGAAGAAGAGCCAGCUGACCUUGCCGACCAUGAUGCGGAUGAAUUGGAACGGCAAGCUCAGGUGCUGAUGACUCAAGCAUCACGCAAAAGAGCUCAAGUGGAACAGGGCAGGGGGUACAUGAAAAUUGAGUCGCCCGAACAACGUCAACAGCGCAUUGCAAAUCUCAAGGCAAGGAUGCCUUGCAGUGCCUGUAAGGCGCAUGGUCAGACGACCUAUGGACAUUGGCACUCAGACAAGGAGUGUCCCUUCUUCGGCAAGACAGAGCCGAAGGGAGGAAAAGGUGUCUUUGUGGUGGCCCAAGAGAACGAUGUCCUCUCUACGAGCUCUGAGGAGGUGUUCAUGGUGAAUGUGAGCACCAUCUAUGGAACCAAUUUCAUGCCGAAAGACCAAGAUGAGGAUGACCGCUACCUUGCUUUGAGCGACACAUGCUGUGCCCGAACAGUGUCAGGUGCAGCGUGGAUGCAGAACACCAUGCAAGAGUUGUGGAAAGCUGGCCAUGAGUUCUAUGUCCUUCCUGAAAGGCAAGCAUUCAGGUUCGGUGCUGGGCCAAGGAUUUGGUCCGAGUUUGCUGUGGUGCUCCCAACAUGUUUGGGAGAUGGUGGAAAGUCUGUCUACAUCAGGGUCAGUGUGGUCCCAGUGGACGUUCCAAUGCUUGUGAGCCGACAGGCGCUCUUGGACCUUGGUGCCAUCAUGGACAUACCGAGCUCCAUCAUCAGCUUCAAGCAACUUGGAACUUCGAUGAAUCUGGAGACGACCCCAUCCAACCACCUCGGCUUUCGAUUCUGGAAGGAUGAUGCGUUUGCUCUGCCAGGAGAUUCAGACCUUUGGGAAGCUAUGGCGCUGUCUGAGAAGGAGACUCAAGCAGUGCGCACUCCGCUGAAGCAACUUGUGGUAGCCAUGACUUCGAUGCUGGCUCCCAAGCUCAAAGCGGACUACGCUUCCGCAAUCGAAGCUCGGACCUUUGUGACCAAGCACGAGCUGAUGGUCCACUCCGUCGACCGCUUGAAGGAGAUUUGGGCCUUGGUGAAGCCGGCGAAGGCUCAGGUCAUCUUGCCGGCGGGUUGGCGCAAAUGGGAUCUUCAGUCGCUGAAGGACCUCUACGAGGACCAGGUGCUAGGGGAUCUCGAAAGGCCAGCAGACGGUCAUUGGACAAGAUGGAGGCGAGGGCAAUUGAUCAUGGAAAUGUCCUUGUGGGAAGAAGAUGUCAAGACCGACCUGCAGAUGAAGAACGACCCAGCACAACAAGAUCACCGAGUGAUGUGCGAGAAGUGCGGGAUCCCAAUGGUUCAUCGCACCAACCGUGUCACCAAGGAGCCGUUCAUGGGAUGCAUCAGGUUUCCGGAAUGCAAGGUGACCUACCCCUAUGCAACAGCCGGAAUGGACACCAAGGAAGUUUUCAAGAAGAUGAACUGCGAGACCACGCAACGAACCAGGAAACCAUCUCGCAAAAGGGUGGACAGACGGGCUCAAGCAUCAGACGGUUCAUGGAUGCCUGUGCCGACAGAUUCAGACAGCGGCGACAUGGAACUCCAGCCGGAGGAUGUGAAGAAGACCCACAAUGCCAAUCUCACCGAGGAAGAGAUGCGGCUCAUUCUCCAAGCUCGAGCGAAGGCAGCAGCCAAGUCCAAGAACCACAAGGUUCGGAGUCGCAUCAGAGGAGGUAACGAGCGUAGGAAGCACAUGAAAAGAGGUCUCAUGGCAGUUCGCACGGUGGGGCUGGUCACCGCUAAGAGGCGUUUACGCAAGAAGCAACUUCGAGAGAAACCACUCCUGGAAUUUACUGAGGAACUGUUUGAUCUGCAGCUGAGUCUUGGAGGGGACCCAGACGCCGACAUGCCUCCAGCACAAUCAGGCGACAGCGGUACCUCGGGUGCUGGCCUAGAACAACGGCGUGGGAUCUCGCCGAUGGCUUCUGGCAGUGGUGCAUUGGCUUCUGGUGGCAUAUACUUUGCUGUGCCUCCUGGCAGAAAGUUGAGUGAGCCAGUGCGUCAGGCCAUUUGCAAGAUUCAUUGCAACCUUGGCCAUCCAUCACAAGCAGACAUGUUGCGCUUCCUGAAGCUGGGGGGAGUAGAUGGGGAUGAACGGUGGUAUGGCGAACCGGAUAUCCAGAAAGCCAUUGCCUUGUUUAAGGGGGUCACCAAAGGAACUACUUACGAUGAUCUCACGGGACAGAAGGGACCCAAAGAAGAUGAUGUCGAUAUCAACAUUGACGAACUUUUUGGGGAAAUGAAUGCGGAUGAAGGUUUGGUGGGCCCCGACGGUCAAGAGCUUCCCUUGAAGGCGAAGGCUAGGUUGUGUCUGGCAGGUCAUCUGUGUCCUGAUUCUCUGAGUGGUGAGCUGCAGUUGGAUUCUCCUACCAUUGAGCGUGUGUCUACCAUGGUUUUCUUGCAUAACAUGGUGUGCAACGGGUGGUUGGACAACUGGUUUGUGGGAGACAUAAGUAACGCGUUCCUCCAAGGGGCUCCGUUGGAAGGGAAGGAGAUGUUCAUGAGGCAGCCGCGCCAGGGAUUGCCAGGUUUGAUGCCAGGUCAGUUGUUGAGGCUGCGUAAGAGUGUUUAUGGAAGACCCGACGCGCCGCGUGCUUGGUACAAUGAACUUGCGCGAAUCUUGGAACAGGAGUUGGGUUUUGUGCGAAGUGUUGUGGAUCCUGCCGCGUUCUAUCUGAGGGAACCUAAUGGCAAACUGGUGGGUAUGAUGAUCAUUCACGUGGAUGACGUAAUGAUUGGGACCGAUCAGGGUGCGUACGCAGGUGAGGUGGUGGAGCGGCUUCGUGGGCGUUUUCCUUUUGGCACGUGGCAAGCUGUUGCUAAAGAGUCUUCUGGAGUGUCUUAUUGUGGCAAAGAAAUUCGGGUCCGGGGUUCUGGAAAGGACAGGUAUGUGACUCUUUGUCAGAAGGGUUUCGUCGAAGGGAGGCUGGACUCCAUCGUUGUGUCAAGGGAGCGUGCGAAACAGGUCGAGGAGCUGAAACUCGUUUCGGGCCUGAUCUUGUAA